AUGGCGUCACUGCUGGUCGUCAGAGGGGCGGGGCUCGGAAAGUCCUCGGAACAUGCGGUUCAUGACGUCACAGGCAGCGACGGGGACAUCCAUCCUUUCCUCAGGGUAGCCAGAAGCUCCACGGCCAAUAUGGUCUUUAAUUCCCCAGAGCUGAAAGGCCGCUUCACGCGCUGGUUCGACCACAAUGACAACGGAAAGGCUGAGUUUGAUGAGGUCAGAGAUUAUCUGCGUCGUUUCAAACCAAACAUCAGCCCCAAUGCUGUGGCGGCUUUCAUUCGUCGGAGAGAUGCUGAUGGUAACGGUAUGAUCGACUUCAUCCCCGAGUACGUCGAAGAUCUGACCACCCCAGACUUCACUCUGGAAGCGGCCAAUGAGUGGUUUCAGCUACAGGACACCAAUGACGAUGGAUAUGUCUCUGAAUUCAAGAGCCUGUACAACCAGUAA